AUGGGAGGAUGCCUAUUUAGAGAAAAAGAAUAUGAAGAAUUAGCUGUUCAACCAUUAUAAACAUAAUUUACAGACGAGGUGAUUGUAGAUGAAUUAGAAGAUAUACGAGAUAUUGCCAAAUUAAAAAAUUGUGAGAUCCUGUUCAUAACUUUGCUCAAUCACAAAUGCAUUGUUCUCAGAAAACAGGACGACAAAACUAUGAAUUUACGUGUUAUCGAAAUAGUAGGGAAUCGAAAUAUGAUGUAUUUAGAAAUUCACAAAUAAUUAUAGUAUGCUUUCAUGUAAUUAAGGCAAUGCUAAAAUUUUUUCAUUGGAGCAGUCACCCUAAAAGACAAAUGCUUUAUGGUUUUGAGGACAGUCUAAGGAUUAGCAGCCUAAGUUUCGGUUCAGGAGAUUCAAUGUUUGGGCAUUUCUGAAAAUUUAUCAGAAGUCAUGAAGAAACGAUUUGAUGAGAGGUUCCUAUGCGUUGGAGUCAUCUAUAUAGAAGACAUGGUCAUCCUUGUCUUUAGAAAGAUAUUUCUUAAAAUCAAAUGUCCUAUUCUCCAGAAGUACACUUCGCCUAGCAAUGAUACCAUAUGCAUAAUUUAGUAUGAAGGAUAGAUAUAUGAAUUGAAAAAAAAAUUAUGA